UCCAUCUGACAGCAACAAGCAAGUUUCUUCUCGCUUCACUUCCUCAGCAUAAUCCAGCUUCUCAGUUCAGUUUGGUAUGAAGUUUUUCAGCUACCUCUAGAUUCUCGAAUCCUACAUCUGGGUGUUUAAUUUGGUAUGUUUCUAGCUGUUAGAGGGUUUUGUUUUUCACUAAUUGGAAAUGGAAAAAAAAUUACAUUUUUACCGUUUCAAACGCACAAUUAGCCAUUUUAAUAUCUGGGUUAUGAUAUAUACUCUCUGUGUGUUGAUGUUUAUAGCAAGGAAUCACCCCCUUCCCAUUGUGUAGGAAAGUUCUUUCCUUUACAUUCCCAUUUUACCCUUUCCAAAGUGGAUUGUUGAAUGGAUUUGUUUGCAAUUUGCUCCUAAAUCUAAAUUCAUUAUUUUUCUUUUUUUGUUUCGUUACGUUUUGAUUCAGAAGGAGCAACAAACGCUGCAAGACUCCCUCUUACAUCUCUGAACAAGUCUUGACUAACAUACUAGUAAAAUUACCAGUAAAAUCACUUGUCCGGUUUAUGUGCGUAUCGAAGUCAUGGGGUCAUUUGAUUGCCAGUUCAAGUUUCGUUAGCGCCCACCUGAUGAAUGCCCGAAAGCAUGCUCCUACCUAUCUAGUUGCCUUCCACCAGAACUCGAGAGACAAACGAAAGAUUGGCCACUCUCUUUUUUGUAAUGAAACAUUUGAGCAGUACUUGGAGUUAAGGCUUCCAUCCGAAAAUGGAAAACAUUUUGGGAUAUACGGUUCAAGUAAUGGUUUACUUUGCAUUUCUACAAGAAUUUUGGUUUGGAGGAGUCAAAUAGAGAUAUGGAACCCAUCUGUUAGGAAGAUUAGGAUCCUUCCACUUAUUGGCCUUCCACAGCAUCCUGGUGCCAAAUAUGACAUUGGUCUCUCAUUUGGGUUCCACCCAGAGCUUAACGACUACAAGGUGGUAAGGAUGCUGCAUUUUGGUCAAGGGUUGAUGGAUUCCUUUACUGUGGCAGUUUAUUCUUUUAGCACAAACUCUUGGUGGAGAAUUGAAGUAAUUCCUGAUUGGUUAAAGUGCCCGUGGCAGAAUUUGGGAUGUGAAUUUUGGAAUGGAAUAGCGUAUUGGCUUAUCAUGAAGGAUUCAAUUGCCAGGAUUGUGUCAUUGGAUACGGACAGUGAAAAGUUUGAAGAAGUGGUGGUGCCGAAUACUAUUUCUUCAGGAAAUCUCUGUACCAAAGUGUACAGGGAAUCAAUUUGCCUGCUUCAAGUCUUUCUUCGAAGGGACGGAAAGAAACAAGUUAACUUAUGGGCUAUGCAACAAGGGUCUUUUGAAAAGUUGUGUUUUUUCGUCAUUUACGGAGAAGGUAGUCUCCCGUUGUGCUUUUGGACAGACAAUGAACUGUUUGUGGAAGAUGGAGAUUAUCGUGAUGGCAUGGCAGAUCUGGUUUUAUAUACACUUAAAUCCAACCAGGUUCAGGUUAAUAGAACCGGAAUUAGGUUGGUGCUUUCUCGCUAUGGGGGUCUUCAUUUUGGAUCUUUAUACAACUGCUCUGCGAAUUCUUAUGUUGAAAGUUUAAUUUUACUCAAUGAUGGAAGAAAUGCACAAACUCCGCCUAUGUAA